AUGAACCCUAAUCAUGGCAGAUUUCUCUCCCCUUCCCCGCUGGCUUUCGUCCAGAGGGAUUCCUCUCCAUCGCAGCCGUCCCAAGCUCCACCACCAUUAGCGCUCCCUCCCUCACAUUCCUCCAGCAGUAGGGUUGGUCCAGCAGUAGUCUUCAUCAUACUGCUCAUGACUGUGAUCUGCUUCGGGUCCUGUCUCUCCCACCUCUUCCUCAGAUUCUUCAUCAAGCAGGGAUCAUCUUCCUCCCCCGAAUCAAGCAACUCAAACUCGGGAGAUCUCCCAGGAUCAUACGCCUUACAGAGGCAGCUCCAGCAGCUCUUCCACCUCCAUGACUCAGGCCUGGAUCAGGCCCUGAUCGACACCCUUCCAGUCUUCCUCUACAAGGAGGUCAUCGGCGCUGCCAAGGAACCAUUCGACUGCUCCGUCUGCCUCAGCCAGUUCUCCGAGGAGGAUAAGCUCAGGCUCCUCCCCGCCUGCAGUCACGCCUUCCACAUCAACUGCAUCGACACUUGGCUCCUCUGCAACUCCACCUGCCCGCUCUGCAGAGAAGCCCUCGUCUUCCCCGAGAGAACCAUUGAGAACCCAGAGCUCUAUCUUGAGGACUCAACAGAUGAUGAAGGGUCCAAUCACUUCCCGGUGCCAAAAUCAGUGGAGUUGGGAGAAUCUACUGCUGCUGCUGCUGCUGCUGUUGAUAAGAAGACCUUCCCCGUGAGGCUCGGUAAGUUUAGAAGCUCGAACAAUGGUGGAAAUCCCAGUACUGCUUCGAGUAGUAACCCCAGAAAUGAAGAAGCAGAGAUGAGGAGCAGCAGCAGCAGUUUGGACGCCCGGAGGUGCUUCUCCAUGGGAUCCUACCAGUAUGUGGUCGCAGACUGCAAUCUCCAGGUGGAACUGAGCAGCGGGAAGAAUGGUGAUGGAGGUGAAGGUAGGGCCUCGAGGAGGAGGAUGGUGGAGGAAGAUGCUGCAAAUGCAAAUGGGAAGAAACUGUGGGCGGGGAGCAAAGGUGAGAGCUUCUCCGUGUCAAAGAUAUGGCAGUGGUCUGGGAAGAAGCCCAAGCUCUCAUCUACUUCGGACAUCCCUUAUCUGAAUCAGGGCCUGCCUGGAAUACAGAGGACUGUUUGA